UCUCCAGAGUCCAGAGUUCAGAUCUCUAUCUCCCCUCUUUCUCUCCUGUUUUUCUCUCUAGGAUAUUUAUAAACCGAGCAGGAGCGAGAGGUGAGAGAAACAACAAUGGCUCUCUCAAACGCCUCUACUCUGUCUUCAAAGUCGGUGCACCAAACUCAUUCCCUCUUUUCUUCUCUAUCCCACCAACCAUCUUCUUCUCUCGUCCCCAGCAAGACCCACCUCAGAUCCUUACACCCAAUCUCCGCCGUCCACGCUGCGGAGCCCGCUAAGAACCCUGUGGUUGUCGAUAAGCCUCCCAAGACGUCCUCGCCGUCGGUUCCGGCGGGUUCCGGGAAGUGGACGGUUGAUAGCUGGAAGACAAAGAAAGCGCUGCAGCUGCCUGACUACCCAAAUGAGAGUGAGUUGGAGUCUGUUCUCCAGACCCUCGAGGCGUUCCCGCCAAUUGUAUUCGCCGGUGAGGCGAGGAGUUUGGAGGAGCGGCUCGGUGACGCCGCCAUGGGCAAUGCCUUUCUUCUGCAAGGUGGUGAUUGCGCGGAGAGUUUCAAGGAGUUUAGUGCUAAUAACAUUCGUGACACUUUCAGAAUUAUUCUCCAGAUGGGUGCUGUUCUUAUGUUUGGAGGUCAAGUGCCUGUGAUUAAGGUGGGAAGAAUGGCGGGUCAAUUUGCAAAGCCUAGGUCCGAUCCAUUUGAGGAGAAGAAUGGAGUGAAGCUACCAAGUUACAAAGGAGACAAUAUAAAUGGUGAUGCAUUUAAUGAGAAGUCCAGAAUCCCAGAUCCUCAGAGGAUGAUAAGGGCUUAUUGCCAAGCCGCUGCAACUCUUAACCUGCUAAGGGCCUUUGCCACUGGAGGUUAUGCUGCAAUGCAGAGAGUCACCCAGUGGAAUCUUGAUUUUGCCGAGCACAGCGAGCAGGGAGAUAGGUACCAGGAACUGGCUCACCGAGUUGACGAGGCCUUAGGAUUUAUGUCUGCUGCUGGACUCACAGUUGACCACCCAAUCAUGACAACAACUGAAUUCUGGACAUCUCAUGAAUGCUUGCUUCUGCCUUAUGAGCAAUCACUUACUAGAAAGGAUUCAACUUCUGGCCUUUACUAUGAUUGCUCUGCUCACAUGCUAUGGGUUGGCGAGCGUACCCGCCAACUGGAUGGUGCUCAUGUAGAAUUCCUAAGAGGAGUUGCUAAUCCCCUUGGCAUCAAGGUGAGCAAUAAAAUGGAUCCAAAUGAGCUAGUCAAACUCGUUGAAAUCCUGAAUCCUCAUAACAAGCCAGGAAGAAUCACAGUGAUCUGCAGAAUGGGAGCUGAGAACAUGAGAGUCAAGCUUCCCCAUUUGAUCAGGGCUGUUCGUCAGGCAGGGCAAAUUGUGACUUGGGUCUGUGAUCCCAUGCAUGGAAACACCAUCAAGGCACCCUGUGGACUAAAAACACGUCCUUUUGAUGCAAUUUUGGCUGAGGUGCGAGCCUUCUUUGAUGUGCAUGAGCAAGAGGGAAGCCACCCUGGAGGAGUUCAUCUAGAGAUGACAGGCCAGAAUGUGACAGAGUGCAUUGGAGGGUCUAGGACAGUGACCUUUGAUGAUCUGAGCUCUCGCUACCACACCCAUUGUGAUCCUAGGCUCAAUGCUUCACAAUCUCUUGAGCUAGCAUUUAUCAUUGCAGAGAGGCUUAGAAAGAGAAGGAUGGGAACUCAACGUUUGCUUGCUUUAGGUCUGUAGACAACUGUCAGAGCACCCUGUCAUUUCUGAAUUACUGGAGAUCUUGUAUUUGGUAGGCAAUAAAUUCAGUAGUUGGCCUUCCUUAACCCUUGUGUUCCGGCCAUCAAUUACUGCUGUAUUAUAGUUUGGCAAUUUCUUUUCAUUUAAUAUUAUGCUGAUGCUGCAUCCUGUGAAUGGAAGCGGCAAAAGCAAAGCUGUUCUGGAUUAGCCUAUUGAAUUUACUAUCUAUUAAUAUCUGGAUCUGGGUUCAUUCAUGCAUUUAUGCAUUUAUGCGUGUAUGUAUUUUGAACAAGUUUGAAGAAUGAAAUAAAGGCAAAGGUCAGUGCGCCUGUUUCAGAGA